AUGAGGUUUGCUGUCCUCCUCUUCACCAUUUUCUUCUUUAUGAGCCAAGUUCUACCAGUCAGGGGCAAAUUCAAGGAGAUCUGUGAGCGUCCAAAUGGCUCCUGCCGGGACUUUUGCAUCGAAACAGAAAUCCAUGUUGGGAGAUGUUUAAAUAGCCGACCCUGCUGCCUGCCUCUGGGGAAUCAACCAAGAAUUGAGAGCACUACACCCGAAAAGAACUGAAGCCUGUUUUUUGGAUGUUUUAGGUUCUCUUUUCCUCUUUCCCUCUACUGCUCUCCCCCUCUCCCCUUUUCUCACAGAGAUUUUUAUUGAAUCCUCAGUAAAGAAUAAAGCAAAACCAGCAAGCACAAAA